AUGGAUUUAUUAUUAGAAUUUUUAAAUAAUGAACUUUCAUUUAUUCAUGAAAUUCCACAUGAAAUUGCAUCAAAUUUUUUUGAUGAACUAUGUUUUGCCUUUAAUUUUGCCGGAAUUACUGAUGAUUUACAUUUUUUUUACAAAGAUCAAAGUAUAAUAAAACUUUCUGAACUUAGUAGUAUAAUAUCUGAUAAAGUUUUACACUUAUGUAGAAAAGAUGAAGUAAUUUUGAAUGCUGAUGAAAUUUUACUAGAAAAAAAAUUAUGUAUAUUACUUUGUUAUGGAAUAAAUUAUGCUUUAAAAAAUAAAAAUACUUUUAAAGCAUUGAAGAAUGGACUUCUUUCUACUAGAUGUUAUUUAUUAUUGGCAUCUAUCAAUGGAAAUGUUAAAUACAAUAUUUAUCAAGAAAAUAUUGUUAGAGAAUGUUUGAAUAUAUAUAUUAAAGUAUUAAAUAUUAUUAUAACAAAGUUUUCUGAAAUAAAAAAUAAAUCAAAUAAAUCUAGAAAAAAUAUGAAUAUAACAAAUGAUUAUUCAAAUAAUAAUAUUGAUUUUUCUAAAGAAGAAUUUGUGGAACUUGAAAAGGAAUUAAGAAUAUCUUUAGAUGGAUUAUUUUUUUUAAUUGAAAAAGAGUCAUUAGUUAAUUCAGAAGACAAUUUGCAACUUGUUUGUAACAUAAUAAAUAAUCUUUUUAAAAUAGAUAUAUCACGAGAUACUAAUAUUUAUAUGUGUGGAAAUAUCAAUGAAUUCAGGAGCAUUACAAAUUUUUCUCAUAUUGGAUUUUCUUUGCUUCAUUACCUUUGUCAUCUACAUCAUAAUGCUUUAGAAGUAUUAUAUCCAGCAAUUAUAAUGCCUCGUAUAAUGUAUGCUUCAAUUGUCAAUAACCAAUUCCUUCCAAGUAAUUGUCAUAUUAAUAUGGAAAUGACAAAUAUUUGUGAAACUUUUAUAAAAUUUUUAAAAGAACGUAUUAAAAUAAAUGAAGCUGAACAGGAGGUAAUAUACUGUAUGUUAAUAUCUUCUUGUUUAAAAUGUCCAGAAAGAGCUGAAUAUCGAACAAAAAUUAUAAAAAGUGUAAUUGAUGUUGUUAGUUAUAUGUCAUUAGAUUAUAAAAAACGUUUUGUUGAUGAUAUAUUAAUUAUUGGACAAAAUAUUCGUGGUGGUUUACGUUCUUUUGCCAUUGAAGCAAUUCCUUUAAUUUACACAAAUUUUGAUUUCAUUGAACUUGGUAGUCAAACUACCAUUAAUAAUAAUAUUAACUUUAGUCAAGAUAUUAUAAUUAAAAAGGAAGUUAAUAGUUCAUUUACAGAAAUUACUUCUCAAGAAUCUUUAAUAGAAUACGAAAAUCUUGAAUUAAAAUUUUUAAAACUUGUUGUUUAUGGUAUUGAGGAUAAAUUAAGUUGUGUUAGGCAACGUGCUUUGUCUGUCAUUCCAAUAUUUUUGAAAAAUAAGAUUUUAAUAAAUCAAUGUAAUAAUUUAUUUGUCGAUUUAUUCAAGGAACUACAUAAAAUUGAAUUAAAGAAAUAUAAUAAUAGAAGGAAAGAUUAUCAAUCUUCAGUUGUAGACAAAAAAAGAAAAAAGUUUCAAAAACCUACCGAGAAUAAUAAUAAUAAUGAUACUAAUGGUGAAAAUAAUAAUUCUUCAAACGAAAUAAUUGAAUUAUCAAAUUUUCAAAGUAAUAAUGAAGAAGUAAACAAUAUAAAUGAUACAAGUGAUAAUUUACAAAAUGAUACUAAUGAAUAUAAUAUGGUUAUGUCACCUAAUAUCAAUUCAAUGGGAAUAGAUAUGAAUAGUACUCAGAUAAAUGUACAAAUUAUUAGUGAUGUAGAUGGUAUUUUUGAGAGAAAACGUGUUUUUAAAGUUCAUGAUUAUCCUCUUUUAAAUAGACUUUUAGUAAGAUGUGACGAUUAUUUUGCUGCUUGUAGAAAAAGUGCUAUUAUAGCUUUGGAACAACUUUUUCAUUUUUUAACUAAACCAAAUCAUAUUGAUGCAGUAAUUUCCCAAUUUUGUCGGCUAGCUCGUAGUAAAAGUGUAUCAAUAAGAAAACAAAUUGCUGAAACAAUCUACAAUAUUCUUUUUUGUCUCGAUGAAAAUGAUAUAUCAUUUAAAAAAUUAAUUUUUGCUUCUAUGGAGUGUAUAUUUCUUCAAGUAACUGAUCGUGAAAUAUCAGUACAAUUAAAUGCAGCUAAAUUGGUUAAACAUAUGAUAUUCUUACCUUUGAUUAAUAUGAAUAUCAAGGAUAAACUUGCUUGGAAUAUUUUGUCUAUUAGUGAGGAAAAUUUAACAUAUCAAAAAAUUUUAAAACAAACUAUACCAUUUCUAGUAAAAGAGAAACUUAUUGAUGGGGAUUUAAUUAAGUCAUUAGAUGGACUUAUUGAAGAUCUUCAAGAUGAAAAUCAUAGACAAAACAUUUGGAUGUUAUAUUCAAUUUUAAGUAUUUUUUUUAAUGUUGAUCCUAAUAAUGCUUCAAAAGAAUUUUUAAAAAUUGAAAAUUAUCAUAUUGAAAAUGAUACUAGAUUAUGCAACUAUCUUACAAAUAUUAUUUCAAAUGGUGCUAAAAAGUUACUUGAUGUGACAAGAAAAAAAUUAAUUGACAAAAUUGAAAAUUAUAUUUCAUUAUUUAGCAUAAAUAAUAGUAAUGUUUCAUCACUUUAUUACUGUUAUGGUGUUCUACUUUAUGGUGUAGGUGAUUGUAGUGAGGAGGGAAAAACUUUGUUUGCUCAAAAAAAUAAAGAUAUAUUUGCUGAAGCUCAAAAAAAUAUGAAAUUAUUGAUGUUUGAAAAAUAUCAUGAUGAUGCAAAUGCUUCUAAUUUUUCUACAUCUUUGUAUUUACCUAAUGAUAUUGAAAAAGAGAGAGAGGAUAUCAAAUUAGCUAUGAUUAUUGGUAUUAUAGGAGAAAUAAUAGAUUAUGAACAGUCACUUAUAAAUAAAGAUCUUUUUGAAAUGAUUCAAAUUAUAAUGUCUUCUAAAACCUGUAUAAAAGCAUUACGAAUAUUUCAAGAACAAACUUUAAAUGGUACAAUUUUAUCGUCAACUUGUCGCCAAAAUACACAAAUGUCACAAUUUUCACAACGUAAUCAUAUAAAACCACUAUCAAUAAUGGAAACUUUUAAAACUCAUCACAUUAAAUAUGCUAAUAUAACGUCAAUUGUUCGGGCACAUUGUAUCAUAUUAAUGGGUAAAAUAUGUCUUGUUAAUGAAAUAUUUGCUAAAGAUGUAAUUCCUGUUUUUAUGAAAGAACUUGUCAUUUGUAAAGAUUAUAUUAUUAGAAAUAAUAUUAUAAUUGUAACACAUGAUCUCUGCAAAAGACACACUUCUCUCGUUGGAUCUUAUUUAAAUAUUUUUGGAGCAUGUCUUAGUGAUGAUUCUGUAGCUGUUAGAAUUCAUACAUUACAUUGCCUUACAAAACUUUUAAAAGAAAAAUAUUUAUUAUGGAAAGGUGGUAUUAUGUUUAGAUUUGUUUGUACACUUCUUGAUAAAGUAGAAAAAGUUAGAGAUUAUGCUGAAUUUUGUCUUAUUGAAACAUUAUUACCUGUAACACCUGAUAUGUUUUUUUCAAAUUUUAUAGAUUGUAUUUAUUAUUUUAAUGGAGUUGAGCAUCCAUCUUGGAUUGUACAUAAUCAAGUUAAAGAUGAAACUUCUUUAGGAAUAUUUUAUAAACAUCGAUCAUUACAGGGUAAUUAUUAUCAAGAUGAUCGUCUUAAACUUUACCGUUUUAUGCUUAAAAAUAUGACAACUAUUCAAAAGGCUGCUAUAACUCAAAAAAUUUGUAUUGAAAUUUUUGAAAAAAUAAGUCAUAACUUAUUAGACUUAUUUGAUAUCAAUGUACAAAAUCUUCUUAUGGAUUCAUUUAAACUUUUAUCCUCUGAAGAAGGUAAAAUACGAUUUAAUGUUCGAAAAGAUGGAGAGGAAGAAGACUAUAAUGAGGAAAGUGAAUUAAGAAGAGAAUUUAUUACUAUGGCUGCAGAAAAAGUUUCUAAAAAAGCUUUAGAAGAAAUUUUUAUUAGAGAAAUUAUGAAAUAUUUAUUAGAAUUAAAAGAUACUUUAUAUAAUUCAAGGAAUUCAGUUUGUUCACUUGGAUUUCUUAAAUAUUUACUUCAUCUAAGUAAUGAGUAUAACUAUGAAUUUAAUAAAAUAAUUGAUGAAAACAAACAUUUAGCUGCAAAUGUUCGCCAUGAUAUUUUACGAUUUAAAAAUAAAUUAAGUCAAGAAAAUAAUAUCUAA